AUGGCAGAGCAGUUGGAGAUGAAGAGCGGCGGUGCCAAAGAGGUGCGGGGAUCACCACGCGCCCGCCAAGAGCGGUCUAUUUCGCUGAGGGACGUGAAUCGUGAUCCGGAACUGGCGAGGCGCCUUGAAGUGGCGAUGGAUGCCGUUCCGGCCAGGGAGCGCCGACGUUCCUUGCGAGGUGUCGGCGGAGAGAUACGUGAAGAGCCGGAUGCCACCGACCAGAAACCGGACCUCUGCAACGAGAAAGCGGACCCCAACGCGGUUCGGCGAACCCCGGCCACUACGUCUCUGCUGCGGUCGCCACAGCGCAGUCCAGGCAAGACCUGUCUCCUGGCCAACUCCACCGUGCUCCUGGUAGCCGCCAUCUCGGUCGCGCUCCUCAUUGGCGUGCUUGCUUGGAACAAGAGUCGGAGCAGAUAUGGCCGGUACCACCUGCCGCCCGAUCCCCGUGGCCCAUUGCGAGUGAGGCGCUGCCGCAGCGAAGCUUGCCGCCGAAUCGGAGCGCUGCUCAAUAACGCCCUGGACGAUAACGUGCAACCCUGCGACGACUUCCACGCGUAUGUGUGCGGAUCCUGGUCGCACAAGUACCCGGGCAAGACCAUCGCGGAAGUCCUCGCUUCGGCAUUCCUGGGGUACGUCACUCGACGCGCGAGAAAAAACGUCGUCAUCCCGUCGAAGCAUGCUGCCAGCAACCAGACAGCAGUUCAGAAGGCUGCCACGCACCUGCUCGCGUGCGACAACAUCGUCGCGCUUUCGGACGACCAGACUGCUGACGUCAAGCGCGUUCUGGCUGAAGGUGGCAUUGCCUUGGGGUCGUUCACGGAGAAUGGAUCCACGCCUGACGUGUUGAAGGCCAUGUUUUAUAUGUCGCAAGUGGUUAAGAUUCCCGUGCUUCUAGACGUGUCAGUGGAAUACGGCGUGGAACAGCGAGUGUCAAUACAGAGCCCGGAAAACACGGAAACACUUCUGGAAGAGUCGAAGCGUCAUUUGAACGACGCAACUUCCGAAAAAUACGACGGAUACGUUCGCGCCAUUUACGAGAGUUUUUCAGGAAGCGAAAAUACCUCAGAGUUCGAGCAACUGUUCAUGAACGUAUCCCACUUGGAGUCUACUUUGGUGACAUUCCUGAGCUCUUCGCUCGCCGACAGCGAGGAAGACGAAGACAGUGUCUGGUACUAUACCACAGCUUCCAUACACCAAAUUUCACGAGCCAUCUCGAAAGACCGCUGGCUGAAGGCGUUCGAAGCUUUCUUGAGCAUACCGCAAGAACGCAAUAUGCCGGUCGUUGUGCACGCGGGUGCUUAUUUCCAGGCACUGUUUAACCUCCAAGAGAAGCUCGGAGAGGCCGAUUUCGCGCAGCUUUAUUCUUGGCUCUGCAUACAAGCGCUCGUCCCGUUCACAAGCGGGCGCAUCGUAUCGGCGCAACACGCGGCUUCUCGCAGCACCGUUCUGCAAAGACACAGGUGGCAGUGUUUCCGCAACGCCGAGCGAGUCUUCCACUACGCCCUUCAGUACCCGUACAUGGCCUACGUCGCCGACGACAAUGUCGGGAAGGAUAUCGUGGCUCUGAUGCGGACGAUUAGCCGGUCUUUCAGCAAGGUCGUUCUGCGAACGACGUCACAGAACACUAAUUGCACUUUCAACAGCGACGAGGUUUUGGCGGGAGUGCACGCGGAGUUGUUCAGUCGCACCGUGCCUGACUACUUCGAAGGCUAUUACGCGGACUUUCCGGACAUGACGUCGAUAGCCCUGACCAACUGGAUGCGAACGGCCGAAUUUGGUGGCUACAUCACAGCAAUGAGCGGCGACACGCCGUCUAGCUUCGGAGACAUCGUGGACGUCAACUAUGCCCGCGCCUGGAGCAGACCUCUGGAAGCGAGUUACCUCGAUGCCCCGUGGUACUCGCUGGGCGUACCCCUGGCUGUCAAGUUCGCCGGGCUAGGUUCCCGCCUUGUCUCGAGGUUAAUUACGGAGCUCGUCUCCAAAAGGCGCGCCUGCAACAAGGCGCUCCUCGCAGAAGUCGAAGGCACGUUAGACUGCCUCGCAGCGGCGUAUGAAAGCCCCAUUCGGAAUUUCAGCGCAAUCGAGCGCGACGUUCGGGCUGCGGUGAUUUCCUGGGAUGUGCUGUGGACGGCCCUGGGUACCCGCGUAGACUCGAAGGCUAACGACACCGUGCUCGAAGAUUUCCCUCGCUUGUCCCAGCCGGCGCUGUUCUACGUCCUGGGAUGCCUGCUAACGUGUGGAGAGGACAGAGAAACGGCGGAGUUUCCCUGA